AAGCUCCUAAAUCCUCACCUUAGAGAUACCAGAGGAGUCAUGUUUAUAAAGGAUGUUUAAAAAACCUCACCAAAUCCACAAUCUACAAAACAGACACAAUGGAGGUUUUGGAAGAGGUCAUUCUCCUGUCAGAACGCACUUCAUCCACACUCAUGAGAGAACUCAAGCCGGGCGAAUUAAAAAGCAACUCGGAAACUCACAAAAUUUAAGACCGGUUACCGCAAGUGUGUUCCAUGAGUGUAAACCAGACACUGGGAACAAGCCGUGCCUUCAGAGGAGCGUAAGUGAGCGGCGCUGUUUGCUCAGCCCUGAACGGGCUGCUUCCCCCACCGGCCCGGCAGGCAGCCGCACCGCCAGGCCACCGGCGGACCCGGACGAGGCAUCCCAAGGCGCAAUCCCGAGGGGAAGGGCAGCUCCGGCUGCCGCCCCCACCAUGGCGGCCGCGCCCCUCACGCCGGCCGCGCCUCGCGCUCGUUACCGCAGCAACGGCCCGGCGGGCGGGCGGGCUCAGCCAAUCAGCGGCGCGCUUGCUGCGGGGCGGGCGGGCGGCCGUGAGGGGCGGCGGGGAACCGCCCUGGCGGGGGACCGAGCGCUGGGAGAGCUGCGAGGGACACGCGGCUCCCGCUGA